AUAGCCGUGAUUGUAACCGGCUCGAAUAUGGGAAUUGGUAAGGAGACUGUCCUUGAACUGGCACGUCGCGGAGCUACUGUCUAUAUGGUACAGUUCAAAGCUGAACAGAACAGACUGGAUAUUCUCAUUAACAAUGCAGGAGUAAUGCGUUGUCAACGCUCACUGACUAAGGAUGGGUUUGAACUACAAUUGGGCGUCAAUCAUAUGGGCCACUUUUUGAAAUCGUCGUCUAGUCGCGUGGUCAUCGUGUCCAGCAGAGCACACACUCGAGGCACAAUCAAUGUGGAUGAUUUGAACAGCGAGAAAUCCUACGAUGAAAAGAGCGCCUACAAUCAAAGCAAGUUGGCCAACGUGUUGUAUACCCGUGAAUUGGCCAGACGCUUGGAGGGAACGGGUGUGACUGUCAACUGCCUGCAUCCAGGUCAAGUCAACACAGAAAUCAGUAGACAUAUGCCAUUUUUCCAAACAUUUUUUGGACGGUAUGUUUUUGGCAUUGUGUUAAGCCUUUUGAUAUGGUUGUAUGUCAAGACACCAAAGAGUGGCGCCCAAACUACUUUGUAUGCUGCUCUGGAUCCAGAUUUGAAUGGCGUAACUGGACUGUACUUUAGUGAUUGCAAACCGAAGCAGGUGGCACCCGCCGCUCUAGAUGCGAAUACUGCCAAAUUUCUUUGGAAGGAGAGCGAGAAAUGGACUAAAGCACCUAAACUGUAUUAGUUGCUUCAUAGUUUUCUUAAAAGAAUUCAAGAAAGCAUUGAAUAAGUUAUCUAUAUAUUGUCAAACAUAUAUUGUAUAUGAACUGAUUCUAAUAAACUAUUGAAACAUUAAUUGAAUAUGUUCUAAACUUAUUACGUGGUAUGUAUCGAAACCAGCUCAAUGACUAUGCACUUCUAUCUACUGCCGUUUGACUCAUAAAUUGUUGCUCGAUGUUUGAAAGUCGUUCCCUGAAAUCUGAACAAAUUAUCUGUAUUGCCCGGCGGUUGUUUGAAGAGCUUUGAUAGGGAGCCUAUUAAAAGAUAGAACAAAUAUAAUCUACGACGAACAAUCAGUAUAUUUUCAUCUGCACUUUUCAUUUGAAUGGAACUCAACUCUCAAGUUUGUUUCUGAUUUUACUGUCGUUACUAGAUACAACCUAAUGGAUGUGUCAAUUGCUGCAAAGGAUGGGAAAUCCGUAGGAAGAGAGCGAGAAAUAUAUGAUUGCCAAGCAGUGAUAUAUCAUUUGAUGUCUAAAUUAUUAUUUUGGUACUUAAUAUUUAUUUCGUUAAGGUAUUUUAUUUAUAUGCAGAUAUUCAAUAUUCAACAUAAAUAAGUUUGUAUAAAUUUGUUGUCAUUUGAU